AUAUCGGUAUCCAUGCUUUAUGUUGUGUUCGAAAGAGGACACUGAAAAGAGCGUAAAUACUGGGUAGACAGAGCGAGUGUUUUAGGCAGAAAACGAGUAUUCAUAUUAAUAAAGGCUAACCAAUUGGACAAGGGAACAGAAGAAGGCGUCCAAUCCACAGCUUGUCGGUAGCCCCGUCAUUUUGCAUAUUGCAAUAUUUUAUGGAGCAGAGGAACUGUGUAUUUGCAUGUGGGGAGUGAUUAGUGGAUUUGAACAAGGAGCCCUAACUCAGCUUUACUUCCCGCUCUGGUAAAGGUAGAGAAGGAAGUCUCUUGCUUGGAGAUGAUGACAGAGGUCAGGCUUUGCUAAUGGACCAGUGAAGAGAGGAAUGGAGACUGGCAGAAACCAAGUACACGUACAUUAACGCAUUUCAGCCAUCACCAAUCAGCAUAGGAUUGCAAGAAUCUACCAGCUCACAGGAGAAAUUAUUUUACCGGCAGCUCUUUAAAGCAUCUUCAUUCCAACUCACUGCGCUCCCCAAUUCUUUGAUAGGAGUUCUGACAGACGCACAAGAUGCCUCACAAAGAGGGAAGCGUUAACUAGCGACAAGCUGAUGUUCCAGUCAUAGACUUGUAUGAGGGGACAGAGUGACAACAAUAAUUUCAGAGCACAACAAAAGAGCCACGUGGGAUACUGCUGUAACAUUUCAACAUGCAAAACAGUCAUAGCGGAGUAAAUCAGCUCGGUGGUGUGUUUGUCAAUGGCAGACCGCUGCCAGACUCGACCAGACAGAAAAUUGUGGAACUUGCACAUAGCGGGGCUCGACCGUGCGAUAUUUCUAGGAUCCUUCAGGCCCAUGCUGAUGCAAAAGUCCAAGUGCUGGACAAUCAAAACGUGUCUAAUGGGUGUGUGAGUAAAAUUUUGGGACGGUAUUACGAAACUGGCUCAAUCAGACCACGGGCAAUCGGAGGUAGUAAGCCCAGAGUAGCAACUCCUGAAGUUGUAAGCAAAAUUGCUCAGUAUAAGCGAGAGUGCCCCUCAAUUUUUGCUUGGGAAAUUCGAGAUAGAUUGUUAGCAGAGGGAGUCUGUACCAACGACAACAUACCUAGUGUGUCUUCGAUAAACAGAGUCCUCCGCAACCUGGCUAGCGAAAAGCAACAGAUGGGUGCAGAUGGCAUGUAUGACAAACUAAGGAUGUUAAAUGGACAGGCAGGAACAUGGGGUACUCGUCCAGGUUGGUACCCAGGUACAUCAGUACCAGGGCAGCCCACUCCAGAUGGUUGCCAGCAACAGGAAGGAGGGGGUGAAAAUACAAAUUCUAUCAGCUCCAAUGGUGAAGAUUCUGAUGAAGCCCAAAUGAGACUUCAGCUGAAAAGAAAGCUGCAAAGAAACAGAACAUCCUUUACACAGGAACAAAUCGAGGCAUUAGAGAAAGAAUUUGAGAGAACCCAUUAUCCAGACGUAUUUGCUAGAGAAAGGCUAGCUGCUAAAAUAGAUUUGCCAGAAGCAAGAAUACAGGUGUGGUUUUCAAACAGAAGGGCAAAGUGGAGACGAGAAGAAAAAUUAAGAAACCAGAGAAGGCAGGCCAGUAACACUCCCAGUCAUAUCCCAAUCAGCAGUAGUUUCAGUACCAGUGUUUACCAACCAAUUCCACAACCUACCACACCAGUUUCAUCCUUUACAUCUGGCUCAAUGUUGGGCAGAACAGAUACAGCACUCACAAACACUUAUAGCGCACUACCACCCAUGCCCAGCUUUACCAUGGCCAACAACCUGCCUAUGCAACAGUGUCCAAAAUGGACGAAAACAAGAACCAGUGACCUUAAAAUAUGGAACUUACUGAAACACGUGGAGGUACAAACUGCGGAAGCUAGCAACUUAGGAGCAUUCUACUAUGGUCGUGGCAUUAACCUGAAUCAAACCCCCAACAAGGAGCCAGUGCCCAGUCAAACAUCUUCCUACUCUUGUAUGCUGCCCACCAGUCCUUCGGUGAAUGGAAGGAGCUACGACACAUACACGCCACCUCAUAUGCAGACACAUAUGAACAGUCAGCCCAUGGGUGCAUCUGGUACCACCUCCACAGGUCUUAUUUCUCCUGGAGUAUCGGUCCCCGUCCAAGUCCCAGGCAGUGAACCAGAUAUGUCUCAGUACUGGCCUAGAUUACAAUAAAGAAAAUUUUAUUCAGAAGACUUUACUAAAACUAUUGGAUGUCCAACAGUAUUUUAUAUUAAAGAAUAUCUCUCAAAACUUUUGUACUGGAACCUUGUUCAGUGCUGUAACUCUUGGAUACAAAGACUUAAAAGUGAACUUCUGCUCGGUACCAGGCGUUAUAUCAGUUGGAACAAAUCUUCAUUUCCAUUUUCGAACUUUUAUUCAUUUUGGUGUAUAAUUUGUAAAUGGGCAUUUGUAUGUAAUUAUGAAAUGAGAACAAUACUACAGACUGGAUGGAUAUCUGAUUCAUAUUGGUCAUUAAGUUCAGUUAAAGGAUGAUGGACAACUGUUUUACCACCAUUUCAGAACUCCUGUCAAGAUAUCAAAUAUCUACCAACCACCGUGUUGCUAGGGGACUCCUAAAGAUCCACACAUGUACCAUUCACACUGCAUAUAACUACAGAUGGAAGCAUACACAUUGUUUGUGUAUGGAUUUACUUGUUGGUUUUCCAAAGAGUAUGGCAACUAAGAUUUAUGUGCAAAGAUAACCAAUACCUUCAAGGAAGUGAGAAAAAUCUUUCUGAUAGAUAAAAGCUAGAUUGUGUCAUCGAUGUAAUCCGAUUUAUGUCAACAUGUAAGUACUUGCCUUCCCUAGAAAUUUCCCAGAAUGAUUUCUAUAAUAAAGUUACUUUCACUUACAUUUGGCCAGAAUAUUUACAGCUAUUUUAUACAUGCAUUAUGCAGGUCAUCUUUUUCUUAGAGAAAUACUGCUUUAAGCUAUAUUUGCAAUAGUGUUCGUGACCAUUUCAUGCUUUCAGAACUCAUCCUUAAUUGCUUAAAUGCACUUGCAAGAGAUUUAAACUCAAGUGUUUUGAAGUUGUUUACAAUUACAUAUCAACAUUAACCAUUCUUCAGUGUAAAAAUGCCAAAGCUUUUCUAUUUCUUUUAUUAUACUAUUUUAUACUAUUUUCUUUUAAAAUUUUAUAAUGUGGUGUUGAAAAUAUGUUACAGUUUAACUCUCACAACAAAGUGACAAUGAAUAUUUCUUCCUGAACCCAGUAGGAUGGUUAUUUAUUCUCCAAGUAAUUACAAUUUAUGGUUACAGAAGCAUUAUAACCUGGAGGUGCUAGAAUGUGCCAACAAUGCAUGCAGCACAAGCAAACUACUGUAUCAGUCUCUUAACCAUUUUAUUAUAAUAUGUGCAUUUCUAACUUUAUUGUAUAAGCUAAAACUGACCACUGGUGAGUUCAUUUUUAUUGAAUGAAAACAAUCACUUUACUGGCAUUGAAAUAAUUGACAUCAAAUAAUUUUAGAAAUACACACCAAUUGAAACAUUUAUUUUAAGAUAUAUUCCAUAUCUUACCCUAGUAGUAACAUAAUUAUAUUCAACUGAGUUUAUAGAACAAAUGGUGCUGCAAAAAUGUUUAUAUAUCUGGCUAGUCUAAAACAAGGUAAUAUGCAAAAGUAAGAUAUUGUCACAAGGUAGCUUAAAAGUAUAAAUGUGAAGAUUUGUGCCUCAUGGAACAAAUCUGAAAUUCAUUUAAAAGUAAAUAACACAUUUCCUUAUAAAAUAUAAUGAUGCUCCACAUAUAUUACACAGUUUUACCAUACUUGGAUUUGUGCAAGUUUAUAAUAUUAUAAAAUGAUGCUAUGAACUGUAACUUGAAUGUGUGUACAUCUGUCUGUCUGUUUGAUGGCAAAUACCAGUAAUUAAAGUUAUUCAUAGUGAAAUACCACAACUUAAGACUGUAUCAUGAGUAAGGAAAUCCUACUAUAUGAUAUCAAUCCAGUAUAAAUUAAGCCAGAGAGAGAUAGAGACUGCAUACAAAAAUAUAACAUUAACAUAAACCCAGAAACCAGAAAAGGACCAGUAACAGCAACAAAAAAACUGUAAUCAAGACAUGAAAUAUCAAUAGCACAAAUUUUUAAAACUGAAAAUAGUACAACACAUAUAGCACUACAAAUAGCAAAACUGAUAGCAGGAGUACUGCCCAGUGAUUUAUUUACUCAGUUCUACAUCCUGACACUCAGAUGCAAAACUGAAAAUGCUCCUCUCAGGACAAAAACAGGAAUAAUUUCAAAACAGCUUUUGGGGUAGUUAUAUUACUAUACUACUGUUUGAAAAUGUACAGUAGCUUAGCUGUUACUUCCUCUGAAGUUAAGUGGAUUACAGCUUUGUUUUAAUUGCCCUGUUAUCAAACCGAGGGUUAUAGCCAAACUAGGUAAAAAAUAGCACUGACCAAAUGUUUUCCUGUCCUUCAUUUCUUAAACUAUCUAAUUUCUCUUGGCUUUGAAAAGUCUGCUCUCUAAUUAUGAUGCGUACUGCAGACACUAUAAGUUUUAUUUAGAAUUUCUGCUAUACUAAUUUUACACCAAAAGUGUAAAACUGCAGCGUAUAUUAAUUAUAGCCAUACCUCCUUGGUACGAUAUGCACAGUCAUUAUAGUUAACAUCUAGAAUGCGUGCCUUCUGGUGGCAGGAAACUAGCUGUUAAAUUUCAGCUCAUAGCUAAACAAGGUGAAUUAUGUCACUGCUGGUUACAAACGCAGGUGCAUACUGGUGUGUAUAUGCUAAUGUCAAUACCUGUGGUGAUGUGUGCGUGUUUGUGUAUGUGUGUGCAUGAGCACCUGCGCGCAUGCAUGCAUGCAUGUAUGUAUAUAUGUAUAUUUGGAAUACUAGCUAUACAGGUUUUCAUGCUCUAUAGGUGGCUUUUAGUACACCAGACAAUCAUUGAAAUAUUUACUUAUUUACAUGGAAUAAUUUCAUCUGCAUUAAUCUGUAAAGUGUACAUCAGAAGGUAAACUGUUACUCUGUAGCACCUCUCCAUUCACUAAUUUUUGUGAAUGUUUUAUUUGCAAAAAUGAAUUUUGUUGUGCAAGUCUAAACUGUAUAUUAUGUUUUUUUUUUUUUUUUUUUUGCUUGUCUUCUAAGUAAAAUACUCUUGGAACAAAUGUAAAGCUGAAAGGUAAAAGGAGAUACUUGAUAUCUUAUGUCUGAAAAAAGUCACAUUAGAAGAAGAUAGUGUCUAAUUAAUACCCAGUCAUACAAUUUACCUAAAUAUUCAUUGAUUUAUUAAAGUCAGUAAUUUCAAUCAUUCAGUUUGAAUGGGUUCAAAAUGUAAAAAGUGUAAGUUUCCGUUAUUUUGCUGAACACUAUGACCAAUGGUUCAGAUUAAAAUGUAUUGUAAUCUUACCUCAUUGUAUCAUUUUAUUAAUUUAUUUUUAUUUUAUGCAUUUUUUGCAAAUGUUUGUUCAGCAAGAGUUUGUGGCUAAGAUUUAUGAUUUCAUCACUACAUUGUGAGAUACAGUAGUGAUGAUUGUUAUUCAUUUAAAUCAAUUUGACUUUGCAUCACAGAUCUACCAAAUGCAAAACAAGAUCUAUUGCCCCAUAGGGCAAUUUUUUUUAAUGUGCUUCAAAAACAGUAUGUCCUAGGGGAUCACAGUAUGUGCAUUUGGAAGUAAAUCUGUAAUUCAAAAAUACUGUAUUGUUUGGAAUGAAAUACAAUGGCGCCUAAGGGUAGUUACCAGUGUCCAUAUGGGAAAAAGUUAUUUUAUAAUAAAAAUGUCAACAGUG